UCGAUUGCGCCCCUCUUGUUCUGCAACAAAUAGCUGCUGCUGAUUUUCCCAUACUCCAGUUUCUUUCUGUGUGUUUUGGGUGUGUCCUGCUGAUUUUCCAGCUCGAGAAACUCACUCUUCAGAUAAGUGAAGUUUUCCAUCUUUAACAGAAAAACAAAAGCCGCCAAAAUAGUUCUCACGGACGUGUUCAACUUUUCCACCGCCAUGUCUGAUGAAGAAUUGGACGAGUGGCAGCGCCUAAAGAAGUGAUUAACGAAUACCAAGAACGACCACAAAAACUAGUGGCCAGAUACAUAAAAAAGUACCUCCAAACUAAGGGCAGACUAUGCUCCUUAGACGGGCAUGGUUCCAUGGCAGUGAAAAGCCCCAGACGGUUCAAGUUAGUGCAGCAAGAGUCCCAAACCUUCGAGUAAUCAUUCCCCUCAUGAAAAUUUCCAUGAUUUUCGUUGUUUCCGUUGCUUGACCCAACCAACCCGCUAGUUUAUCGAUGGCGUUAAAACGCAUGGUACAAAAGUGUUCAACAGCUGAACUUGUACAUACUAAAACCAAACCAGCUGUUAUUCUAUCAUUGUGGGGAUGUGAUUGUUCGUAUAGGUGGCCACUGUACAUGUAUAGCAACAGUUAAAACGCCAAAGUAAAUAUUAUUUUUUCAAUUAGACUUUUUUAACGGCGAUUAGAGUGUAGCUUAUAAUUUUAAGGGGAAAUUUAAGUAGCUGGGGCAGGGAACAGCACAAAACCGCGAUCGUUCAGAAGGUUUCAGGAUUGUUGGAAACUUUCCCCAUCUCAAGCUCUAUCCAGACUAGUCAUGGUUUAGAGUCAAAGGUUUAAAAAGGUAUGCAGUUUGAUUGUUGCAGCUAUUGGUCAGUUGACUUGUUUUGGCUCCAUCUCCUUAAUACAGUUUCCACCAAUUCCGGACGCAGUUCUCCUGAACUAGAUCGGGUUUACAUUAUAAUAUAUUAUUACAUUCCAAGUUGCUAAUAAUUGUUAAGUAUGUAGUUAGUUUAGUAGCAUUAUAUUGUUAAUGAAUGUCAAUACCUACACACACCACAAGUUUGAAAUAUUUGCUAGCUGGUAAGAACUAAUAAAGUUAUUAUUAUCAUCCAUUAUCAGUUAGAGUUAGGUAUUGAACGCAGUGUAUUUUUAGGAUGUAUUAAUUAAUACUGCCGCAUCUAGAGUUGAUCGUUUUAAGCCCCCAAAUGUGGACAGACUUACAUAUCAUAUACCUAGUGCCCAACCGAUAUCUUCUAGGUAUGUGUUGCACACUUUUAGAACUGAUUUUCUUAUGUACAUACAUAUAUCUCUCUAAACGGUCAUUUUUUUACAUUGCAUCAAGCGGUAACACCAUUAAGUAGAUAAGUACGCAGCAUUCCUAUUAAUAUUGUUAACUCUUACUAAUUGUGGGCUUCGGAAGACAAUACAAUUAAAUCUGUUACGUUUAUAAGCAAGAAAUUACAACGAUAAAUGUGUUUUGAGGAAUAUUUCAUUGUAAGUGCGUGUAGUAAGAUCAAUGCGUAGGUACCUACAAAAAUAAUGACCUAAAUCUAAAGCAAAAACGACUAAAACCACCAUCAAUAUCUUACUACACUUGUUAUUGCCUAAACAAUGCGGUUAAUAAUCCCAAGGAAGCUAUAGGAAUUCAUUGUUAUAUAUGCUAUUAAUAUCGACAACUUUGAAUCAUAUUGUGUAUGAACAUUGUUAACUAUACCCCAUGUGUUGGCUUUAAAUAAAAUAUUUAUAAUA